GCUUGAUAUUUGAAGAGAUAACAGACGUAAUGUCUGAAGAAGUAGUGGAUGUGACACCCGAAGGGACAACAGACAUAACACUUGAAGAAAUAGUAGGCAUAACUCCAAAAGGAGCAGAAAACACAACACUCAAAGGAGUGACAAACAUAACAACCGAAAA